UGUUGAAUCUGUUGUCUAGAAGCCUCAGCUUGUGUUUUUGAGUGGUUCAGUGGCUUUUCUGGGCUUUGGGAAACAGUGACGCUGCUUUCAUCAUAUGUCAGGAGGAUAUGGAGAAUCAAAGACAAGCUGCAGAGGAUUUGACAACAACAGGAUGUGGCCCCAAAACCCUGAAAGAACUGGUCUCUGAGGCCUGAAUCAGCCCAGUAAUGGCCCUCAAUGAACUGAAAUGGAGUUUUUUUCAGGCCAAGGCUCUAGUCCACUCACUGCUGGUCCUCCUGUGUCUGCACACAGCUACAGGAAUGUCAGGGUGGGGUGGAUGUUUGGAUGGUCAGGAUGUCUUCACAAAAAUCCCAGAAAACAGCCAUUGGGGAGAUGUUGUUGCUGAGCUCAUGGAUGAGAGCACAGUGGAGGGGGUUCACUGGAGCCUAGAGGGAAAUGAUGCUGAUUGGUUCUUCUUGGAUGAGACAAGCAUCCGGUUAAACACAUCGGAAGAGAAGGUCCUUGACCGAGAGGCUCAGGGUCCUGUCUUAAUGGCUGAGUUGUCCUGUUAUGAGGACGACACACUUCAGAGUGUGUACAGGAUCGUCGUGGAGAUCCUCAAUGAAAAUGAUAAUACCCCUGAGUUCACAGAAGACACUGUCACGUCUCUUCCUAUCAGUGAGUUGACUCCAGUGAAUACUGUGGUGUUCACCGUUAAGGCCUCUGAUGCAGAUAAUGACAAGAUCAUUUACUCUAUUGACCCGGCAUCACCUGAUGCAGAGUACUUCAAGAUUGACCUCCCCAACAGCGGAGAGGUUAUUCUGUCUAAACCUCUUGACUAUGAGACCAAAACCCAGCUGACUGUUACAAUCCAUGCCUCGGAAAUGGACACUGCUGAGCACUUCAACACCAGCACCACAUUAACCAUCAUCGUCCAGGAUGGAGAUGACCAAUACCCAGAGUUCCUGCCCUGCAGGCUGCUCUUCCAGGAUGAGACCAGUCGCAUCUGCACCAGCCCUGUGUACACAGUCAAUGUCACAGAGGGGGAAGAGCACGUGGUGUUGGACUUCUCUCCUGGUCCCAUUCAUGCAGUGGAUGGAGACAGAGGACUCAGCUCUCCACUCAGCUAUGUCAUUCUCUCAGGAGACGAUGAUGGCCGUUUCCUGAUGGACAGAGAUACGGGGGAGGUUAAACUGAUGCGGGGGUUUAAAGACAGACUCACAACUCCAGAGCUGCAUCUACAGGUCAUGGCAUACCAGGACGAUGACCCCAGGAAGUAUUCUGUCGCUACAGCUUUGGUCCGAGUUUUGGCAGUGAACCAGUUUCAUCCAGAGUUUGACAUGGCUGAAUAUAAAGGCUUUGUAACUGCGACAAAGAGCCCUGCCUCUCUGGUCAACACCUACGGCAGCAAAGCACUGAUGUUACACGUACAAGAUAAAGACUUUAACAAUGGUUUUAAUCCCAAGAUCCACUUCACCAUCAGUCCUACAUCCAAUCACACAGACAUCUUCCAAAUCACACACGAGGGUCUUUUGAUUGCCAGGACCAAUCAGCUCAAACCAAAACAGAAACACUUUGUAAAGGUAGCUGCUGUAGACCAGGAGUCGGGUGACGCCACCUUUGCUACUGUAGUGGUGAAGGUGUUAUCUGAGGGACAAUCAAUCCCUCAUAGUCCACUGAUGGAUGACCGUGUGAUCGGCUGCACCCUGGGCAAGGCGUUUUUUCUCAGCAUGGUGUUCAUGACUGUAAUUGGAAUUAUAACGAUACUGGGGAUAUGGCUGAAGAAGAAGAAAAAGGGAAUGAGGAACCCGCUGGAGAGAGGCUGCGUGGCCCAGGGAAAGCACCGCAAUGUGAGCUUACGGUGGUUCCAACUGGCAAGUCACCGUAGUGGCAUGUCAAACACAGAGGAAAUACCAUACAACAAUGACAAAUACGGAACCUGCAAUCCCUCCUUCAGCUUCACAGACAACCCUGGCGUCUACACCCACCAAGACCUCCCGUCUUGCCAAGGACCCGUUCCACCCAGAACGACCGCUGCACCCGACACCAGCUUCAUCCCAGCUGAAUCUGCGCUCAGCCCUGUGAUCUUCAACAAUGUUUUAACACCACCCCAAAGGUCCUAUAGUUUACCUACACUUCACCCGGCCUCUGAGGAGGUGAGCCCCACACAUACGGCUCAAAUUGCUGCUCCAUCUGAAGAAUACCCUGACUCACCCACUGAUACAUCCAUUGACCUCACUGAGGAUGUACCUAUCAUCAGUCCUAGCCCUGCAACACCUGAUAGCACAGGCUCUCCACCCUUCACCUGUCCUGAUUCUCAAACUACAAAAACAACAACCAGCAAUGACCCCACUGACUCCUUCACCAGCCCCUCGUCUCAGUCCAGUGUGCCAUUCAGUCUUACCCAAAUUGCUUCAGCAGAAAUAGACAAACCCUUUCGCAAGCCUCGUGUGAAGACACCUCCAUAUUCACCUUUACUGUCCUCGCCACUGGCCAAGCAGACGAGGACAUCCCCGCCUACCCCAGAGCAUGCACCUUUAAAAGCCAGGCUGGUACUUAUAGAUACUUCUCCCCUUGAUACACCUCCAGAAACACCACAGCGACCAUCUUUAACUCCAAUCACAGAGGGAGACCAACCCUCCACAUCACAGGACCUCACAGGGCGCCCAGGAGGGGCUGCAGGUGCCGGGACUCAAUCUCAGGUUAUGAGGCGCUUUACAAACUUUGGGAAGAAGCAGGGCGGCAGCGGGGCGAGGGAUGUGGCUGAUGAUGGAAAUCCUGGAAAUAAGGAUGCAGGCAAGCACAAGAAUGAGGAUGAUGAUGAUGAUUUGGAGUCAGACGAAGAAGAACUGUUGAGAGUGAUGGCUCGUUGUAAUCCUGUUUUUAUCACAUUUAAUACGUGAUGUCACUAUAAUAUUGUAAAUUGAGAGUGAAGGGGGAUACAACAGAGAAUGAAGGAGGUAAGGAGAAGUAGAUGACAGACAGCGGACAUGUCAUCAGAAAAAUUAAAUGCACAAGUUCACACAAUGUAUACUGUAACAAAAACAUAAGCAUUCAACAACACACAUUUAUAACAUAUAUAAUGUUGUUCCAUUUAAACCACAUUAGCCUAGAUGACAGGAAUGAGUGACUAUGACUGCACAGUACAGGGUUAAAAGACAGUCUUUUAAAUCAAACUUAUCAGUAUAAAUUGCAAAUUGAAGUAUCAAGGAUACAAUAUGAACUUUGCAAGGUUAGUAC